UCUGUGAAUCACUUGAAGAAGAUUAUAAAGAUGUGGAACAUCUCAAAGAAAACAUUCCUCCCCAUUUGCCUCAAGUAACAAAAGUAACCCAAAACUUUGUGAGUGCAUCAGAUCUCGACCCUGAAGAACCAGUCAAAGCUGAGGAACCUGCAUGCACAAAGAAACCUCCUAAAGAGCUAAGAAAUAUUAAAGAAAUGCCAUUUAUAACUUCUGAUGAGUUUAAUGGCAUUCCUGCGUACAUGAAAUCCCGCUUAACCUAUUGUCAAAUUAAUGAUGUUAUUAAAGAAAUCAACAAAGCAGUACUUAGUAAAUAUAAGAUCUUACAUCAACCAAAAAAGUCUACUAUGAGUUCUGCGACCAGAAAUCUCUAUCACAGAUUUAUUGAUGAAGAAACAAAGGAUACCAAAGGUCAUUAUUUUAUAGUGGAAGCUGACAUCAAGGAAUUCACAGCUUUGAAAAUUGACAAACGGUUUCAUGUGAUGCUGAAUAUCUUACGGCACUGCCGGAGACUGUCAGAGGUCCGAGGGGGAGGACUCACCCGAUAUGUUAUAACCUGAGGCCCUUGGGAGCUUUAGAACCAGCCAACAGUAGGAUAUAGAGGCUAUUCCUAUAGUUUCCUUAUAUGUAAUUUUUUUAUGUAU